GGCGGCGGCUGCGAGAGCGAAGUUUGGAGGCUCCACAGCUACCUCCCGUGCGUCCUCCCCUCUGCUCUCUGUUCACUCUCCCUCACUCCCCUGUCCCUCCCCUUGUAGCUCCUGUGGCGGCGGUGGUGUCUGGGCGGCCGCUGCCAGAGACAGGACAAAGGCUCAUUAACACGUGAUGGGACCCGAGCUUCAUAAAUGGGACUGGAGAGAGAGCGCAAGAGAGACAGACACAGAGCGAGCAGGAGGAGAAGGAGGGAAGGGAAAGAAAAGAGAGUGAAAGCGCAAGGGACAGAGAUCGAGGGAGCAGCGGAAGCCAGGUGCACUGGCCCAGGCUGGCUGGAAGACACUAGGAGAGGAAAGAGGCAGGGGUCCCCCAGCUGAUCUGGGGCUUGGAGACCGUAAAGGAGAAGGAGGGGAAGGAGAAGAAGGACUGAGAAAAGAGGGAGGGGAAGGGACGGGAGGGGACGACAGGAGGGCGCAGCUUCUCUGAUCAUUUUCCCUGAGAAAAGCUUGAGAGGGGAGUUGUUUCUUUGAGUAGAGCGCUUAGAUCAGUGGAAGAAAAGACUGAAGAAAAGAAGAGUGUUGACUGGGGUUCAGACAGACAGGAAAACAGACUGACGGACACACCCCACUCCACCCUAGUCUAGCCCACCCUAUCCCUCCUCUCUCUCUUUCUCACGCCCAGCGGCACCGCCUCCCUCCCUUCUCUGUCUUCUUCUGCUCCUCUUCUCUCCUCUUGGGCUCACUCGCCCCUUCACUUCCUUAGUGCCUGGGUCUCUGGCCCUGGCCUGGGGCGGGGCUCGUUCAAUGCUCCCUACCCUGGGGGGUCGAUAGAGUAAGUGUGGGAUCUUUCAUUCUAGCUGAGGAACCUCCAUCCACAACGUUUGUCCAGAGCCCCAGAGGGACUGAGGGUACCGGAUCCCCGGCGGAGGACCAGGGGAUGAGAAGGGAUUUCCUCCUCUGGGUUUCUUCUGGGUCCAUUCAAAAUUUGCAUAAUUGAAGCCAGGGGUUAUGAAGUCCAACCUAGAUGGCCUCGCGGAUACCACCUUCCGGACCAUCACGACAGACCUCCUCUACGCAGGCUCUAACGAUAUUCAAUACGAAGAUAUCAAAGGCAACAUGGCGUCCAAACUAGGAUACUUCCCACAGAAGUUCCCUUUAACUUCUUUUAGGGGUAGUCCAUUCCAAGAAAAAAUGACUGUGGGAGAUAAUCCCCAGUUAAUUCCAUCAGACCAGUUAAAUAUCACAGAGUUUUACAACAACAAAUCUUUAUCUUCAUACAAGGAUAAUGAGGAGAAUAUCCAAUGCGGAGAGAACUUCAUGGACAUGGAAUGCUUCAUGAUUCUAAAUCCUAGUCAGCAGUUGGCCAUUGCGGUAUUAUCUCUCACCCUGGGAACUUUCACAGUCCUGGAGAAUCUCUUAGUGCUAUGCGUCAUCCUGCACUCCCGCAGCCUCCGCUGUCGGCCCUCCUAUCACUUUAUUGGUAGCCUGGCAGUGGCAGACCUGCUGGGCAGUGUCAUUUUUGUCUACAGUUUUGUUGACUUUCAUGUGUUCCACCGGAAAGAUAGCCCAAAUGUAUUUUUGUUCAAGUUGGGUGGAGUGACGGCCUCCUUCACAGCCUCGGUCGGCAGCCUCUUCCUCACGGCUAUUGACAGAUACAUAUCCAUUCAUAGGCCUCUCGCUUAUAAGAGGAUCGUCACCAGACCGAAGGCUGUGGUAGCCUUUUGUGUCAUGUGGACCAUCGCCAUUGUGAUCGCUGUGCUCCCUCUGCUAGGAUGGAAUUGCAAGAAGCUCCAGUCAGUUUGCUCAGACAUCUUUCCUCUUAUUGAUGAAACCUAUUUGAUGUUCUGGAUUGGAGUCACUAGUAUUCUGCUUCUGUUCAUUGUAUAUGCUUAUGUUUAUAUAUUGUGGAAAGCACAUAGUCAUGCCGUCAGAAUGAUCCAACGAGGCACUCAAAAGAGCAUCAUUAUUCACACAUCGGAGGAUGGGAAAGUUCAGGUCACUAGACCUGAUCAAACCCGCAUGGACAUCAGGUUAGCCAAAACCCUGGUCCUUAUUUUGGUGGUCCUGAUCAUAUGCUGGGGUCCACUGCUUGCCAUCAUGGUCUACGAUGUCUUUGGGAAAAUGAACAAACUCAUUAAGACAGUGUUUGCUUUCUGCAGUAUGCUCUGCUUACUGAAUUCUACCGUAAACCCUAUUAUAUAUGCUCUGAGGAGCAAGGACCUGAGGCAUGCUUUUCGGAGCAUGUUCCCUACAUGUGAAGGCACGGCACAGCCCCUCGAUAACAGUAUGGGGGAAUCCGACUGCCCGCACAAACAUGCAAAUAGUGCAGGCAAUGUUCACAGGGCUGCUGAGAGUUGCAUCAAGAGUACAGUUAAGAUUGCCAAAGUAACCAUGUCUGUGUCUACGGAUACCACAGCUGAGGCGUUGUGAGCUGAAGACUUCUCAGCCACAUUGGGAGAAGAGAAAUUAGGCGCUUUUUUUGUUUGUUUGUUUAAAGGAGUCUAUCCUCUCACAUUUUUUAGUUUACCACAUUUACUUAAUAGGUGAUUGUCACAAUGAUCAUUAAUCAUUUCAAACAAUGAAAAAUCAAAAUACAACUCUCCAAAGGUUUUACAAUUUAAAAAGUUGGUUUGUUGAAAAAAUUUUAAAGUAUGUUACUUGAGUCAGCCAUGUUUGACUAUAUUAAGGAAAAAGUUCCAGUAAAAUAAAUGGAAAACUUGUGUGGGAACAUGGUUCAAACUUUAAGUAGCUGUUGAAUAAUUCCAUCAAAUGAGUAAAACCUUUGUAACCAUAAUUUUCAUUCUAAUGUAAAAUGUACUUGAUGUCUAUAAGUAACAGAGGUUUCCGUUCUCCCCACCCCAAAAGCUGCAGUACAGAAUUAGAACUAUUUUGUAAAACUGUAUUGUCCUGUGAACUGUGUACUGAUGUUUAUUACAUGUUAUUUAUAUUUGUCUAUUGGGCAACAUGGAAAAGAUACAGAAUUUUAUGGAAACAGUACAGAAUAUGCAGUGGAUAAGUCCCAGUGAAAACCCUUAUUUGCCAAUCAUCCACACAAUGACUUUGAAAUUUUACACUUUAUUGUCUCCAAUAUUUUCAUUCUUUCUUUUGACAUUUCAAAUGUUCCUCUCAAUUUUUUGUUAACCUAAAAUUAGACUGACAAGAAUAUAAAGACCAAUUCCCCAUAGUGAAUAAUAUCCAUCUGCCCCUCAACUUUGCAACUUGAUUCAAGUCCUAAAAUAUUUCAGUUUGCAUUUUCUUCUAAGGACAUUUUGUUAGGGUCUUCUGGACUAUUGCUGUUUGGCUGUGUAAUGUAUGACCUUAAGAACUGAAGAGCAAAGGUGAAGUGACUUCUUUAACCAACACUUGAUUUUUUUCCCCUUAAGUCUUUAGCUAUCCCCAAAUCUCUUAAGACAGCAUGUGUCAAUCUUAAUGUAAGGUGUUAUCACUGUGCAGUUGACGUAUACUUGAAGAGUAUUGUAUUCUUAUAUUCCAGGUUUAAGUAGAUUCUCUGCCUGGGAGGCCAAACAAGAGUCUUCAUUUAUUUUAAGUGAAAAGAAGUAUUGUCUGGAUUAGCAAAAGUGUACUAUGUGAGUGUGAAUUUCCAUGUAUGUGUGUGUAGAUCGUAAAUGUGUGUGUGUAUGUGUAUGUGUGUGUCACAGUGAUAUUAUAAAGUUAGGAAACUGUGACUAGGUGUAAGUUGUAUUACUUGUUGCGCUCUUUGCACAUGAAUUCAGUUUCUAAAAUUGAGUUCUUUUCUACAUUUUGGUUAAUGAAACUAUAGAAUGCAAAAAAAAAUUCAGAAAAUUUUCAUCCACUUUGAAAAAGUAUUCCAAGUGUUGUUUGAUAGUGUUGCUUGGGGACAACUCUUAUCAAGAAACAAUUGAUUAAAUAUAUUCAGUGGAAAAUCCUGUAUUUUCAAUGCUAAAAAAAUCAUUCUAACUCCCAAAUUUGGGGUACUAAGCAUUUAUUUAUAUAUAUAUAUAUAUAUAUACACACACAUACACAUAAAAAGGCAGCAUGGUUGAAUGAAUGGAUAAAAGGAUGACCUCAGAGGCAGGAAGUAUGUGUUCAAGGGUCUUUUCUGACACAUACUGGCUACAUGACCCUAGACAAGUCACUUAAGCUCUGAUCACUAGGCAAAUACAGAAGAUGAUAAACUGCCUACCCCAGUUGUUAAAGCAAAUUUCCUCAUUUGAGAGUUUUGUCCCCUUCUCUCUCUAAGGAGGUACACCUCCUUGUAAAAGGAUAAAUAUGCUUCACUAAACCUGAAACCAUUAAAAAAAGUAAUAGUUCAUCUCACCCUUGUGAAUCCUAGUUUUAAUGGCACUAAAGAAAUCUCAGGCAUUCCUCAAAUCCAACUCUAAUGAGGCAUGACUGACUGCUUGCCACAGCCUACAUGUCACAAGGAGAUAGUGGGCUAGGCAGCUUAUUUAGAUACUGAAGAAAUUCAGUCUUGAUUAUUGGAGCCUGACUCACUUUUGGAGACCAAAUCAGCAGGAUCACUCCUCUCUUUUACCCAGAUUUACCUGGUAGAUGUGCAGACCUCUCUAUCUUAUGUUUCCUGUGCAAACUGCUUUUAUGAGACUGCUGUCCUAAUCUUGGCGGUUGACUGAGAUUUAUUGACAAGUAAAGAUUGCUCAAAAUGAGACCUUUUUUUAGGCCCCAAUCUUUUAUUCCUUUACAGUGUCGUAGGGCCCAGAAAUAAGCAUUCUGCCAGGAAAGAAAGGGAUUUUUCUUAAGAGGCUGAUAAACCUUAAUGGAUUUUAUUUAUAAACAAUCUUCUCUCCUUCCAGGGACAAAUCAUUACUCCUGCAGCACCCUGAGGCCAGGUCUAUACAGUACAAGGUGAAGUGGAAAAUUUGCAAUUAUCUGGUGGGUUCAGUGAGAAAAAAAAGUGGUUUUUUUUUUUGUUUUUGUUUUUUACUAUUCUUAUCCUCCUCCUCUCCAUUCUCCUAUCCCAUUAUGGUCUCUGGGCAAAACUUAAAUUGGCUGUCUUCAUGUCCCAAAUUUGCCACAAAAGCUGUAAGUCGGUGUAUCUCUGGUCUGUGCAGAUGAGAAAUGAGGCGUUAGGGUGUUAUGGUGGUAAUGAUUUCUCUGUAGAAAAAGAGAAGGUUAAUUUGUGAAUAAAUUCCACUAGGACCUAAUAGCCCUUAAAAAAAAAUAACCAUUCUUUUGUCCUGAGUUAUCCAAAGUGGUUAUCUUUACAGUUCAAAUUCACCAGGUAGCUACCAAUUCUCCAUUCUGUUAUAAAACUCUGGUCUCACUGAAAGUGAGUGGGAGGAGGAAUUGGAGAAAAGCCAAAUAUUAAAAAAAAAAAUCUAAGAUUUUUUUUUUUUGAAACUGUGUUCCUGUGAAUUCAAUGCAGAUUUUGUAAAUUUGUUGUGCUUUCAAGAUCUAAAUUGUAUGUAAUAAAUCAAGGGACAAUAGGGCUGUCAGCACUAAACUUGGUGCUUAUCUAUAUAUUAAGAAAUAGCAUCUUGUGAGAUACUAUCAUGUAUCUGUUUCAAUACCUUGCGUACAUACAUUCUAAACUAGUUCUGCACACUUUGCCUUUUUUUUUUAAUCACUUGCUAACUCAAGUGACUAAAACAUACUCCCUGUUGAAUAUAGUCAAUAGAACAACAAUUAGUUAACAAAUCAAUUUCUUAAGCAAGCUAGUUUCUUUAAUGUGGUUUAUGUGUGAGUAUGCUUUAGGCAAUCCUGCUUCACAGUCAUCAGCUUUCCAUUGGUGAUUAAAAAUAAUCAAAGCAACUUACAAGUCUUAGGCCUAAGAAAUUCACUAUUGUACACCAUAGUUCAUGAAGGACCAUACUCCCAGUUGAUGUUAUUUCUUUUUAGGAGUUGACGCAAGCACAGGGUUCCUUUGGCCUGGUCUUCACAGCUGCAAUCAACCCAGUAACUGAUCGCCAACUCAAAUUUCUUUCAUUAUAUGUACCUAUGUAUAAUGUACAAGAAACUUGAAGUUAAUGAUGAGCUAAGUCAUGCAGAUUGCCUACCUAAACACCAGCUAAUUGCCAGAACCCCAUAAAGCUGUGUGAUGGCCCCAUCAGAAGCCAAUGAGAUUCUGAUGCUUCAGAUCACUUCUUCAAGAAAUGAACAGCAUCAUCUACUAUGGGAGAAUAUGGCCUUGCUUGAAUAGCACUGUAGUUAUCAUUCUAUCUGUCCAUUUCAGGUGUUUUAUAUCUGUAAAAGAGACCACCUAUAUCAUGUGCAAAAUUAGACUCCUCAUGAUCUAAUUGUAUAUUUGUAUGAUAUUUUAAGAUCUCCUAAAUGCUGUGCUAUGGCUAAAACAGUUUUUUUCUUGCACUGGCCCUCUGAUGAAAUGUUACUGUUACCUAUUGUAACAUAGACAAGACAUUUUAUCUACUGAUUUGGGCUGAAUGUAUGUAAAUAAGUUUAAAAAGAAAAAGCCAGAUGUAUAAGCAGUGGCCUAAAAAAUCAGUGCUUUUCAAAUAGGGCUGUGUGUUUAAGUUACUAUGGCCGCCUAAAAGCUUUCUUCAGAUGGAUUGGAUGCUGGGGAUGUACGGAUCCCCAAGAAGGAAAACAUUUUCUUGUAAUAAUAAGAAGCUGAGACUCUGGAUUAUCUGAACUUUUAUUUCUAAUGUUUCAAAGUGAAGAACAUAACUCUUUAUUGUCUGUAAAUCUAACAUUAUUACUUUCUCUUAGAAGAAUAUUGUAUUGUUCGAUGUUUGUUGAGCUGGUAACAUCCCCUGCAACCUCUGCAAUAUCCUUGUUAGUAAUCUGUAUGAAACUUUGUACACAAGUUCUGGUAAAAUUGUCAUUAAAAGUAGCUUCAACCAUUCAA